CGAUAACAAAUGUAUUGUACAUGUAUGCUUUUACUGUAUGCGUUGUAGCUCUUCAUUAAUUUCUAAAAUAAUUUAUCACAAUAUUAUUAGAAACAGGAUAUGAAUAGAAGUACGAAAGAGAAGAAAAAGUAUAUCACAUUCUUUAUUGCUUCUUCGUCCUGAAUGCUUCAAAUAUGGGAAAUCGAUUGGAAAGAAAAAAGGAAUUAUUUUCCGAUUCGGAAAACAUCUCAAACGAUGGCCACGAAUUUGAUUCCGCGUUGCGUAUUUCAUCAAAUUACUAUAGAGAAAAGAUUAAAGAAUUUGCAACGAAAGAAAUGCAUCGCGCUAAUAGAAAUUCGGCACCGGCAUUUUUCGAUAGCGUAGAAAUUCAAAAGUUUUUCAGCCAAAUAGGAGAAAGCUCUAGGGUUCCUGCGAGUAUGAACAGAUCUAAUAGUACUGGAUUGUUUCAAGGAAACGUUGAUAAUUAUCAGUCCAGCAUAUUUUAUGAUUCACGUGAAAAAUCGCAAGAAGAGCUUAAGCAACAGAUAUUUUUAAAAUGCAAGGAAAGAUUAAACAGUUAUUAUCUGACUAAGAAUGUAGACAUGAGAUCUUACGUUUGGGAAGGAAAAGGUUACGACUUUCCACUUAAUCAAUAUUUGAUAAAAUUUCAUUUCAAAAAUGCUGAUUUAUGUGGAAGAAAGAAGAAAGAAACUGUUCAGUUGAAAGACAUCUUGACGAAAACGGGACGUCAGAUAAUUUUAGUUAUAGGUGGACCCGGUUUCGGUAAAACAACACUUUGCAAGAAAUUAGCUUACGACUGGGCUUCUGAAGAACGUUCAGGAUAUUUGAAGCACUUCGAUAUUGUCAUUGUAAUUAAUCUGAAUACGCUAAAUGAUAAAGCCGUGCUGGAUGCCAUUAUAGAUACAACACUAGAUGAAUCAGAGAAAGAGAUAGUGACCACGUCGAAGCAUAGAAGCAAUUUGAAUUUUCUGAUUAUAUUAGACGGCUACGAUGAAGUUUAUAACAAAGAUUCCGUUAUACAAUUUAUUACAAACGAUUCCCUCCUCAUUUCUCGAAAUAUUACAAUUAUUAUAACGAGUCAUCCCCACGCUGUAGGAGAUAUAAGAGAAUAUAUGGAUGAAUGUGUAUCAAUAGAAGGUUUCUCUAAAGAAAAUCAGAAAAAAUAUAUUGAAAUGUUUAAUUUAGCUUUAACUGGAAAUAACGAAGAACAUGUUAAAAGUCUGUUAAAUCUUAUAGAAGAGAAUCAUUCUCUUCUCGGAUUAGCUGAAUGCCCUUUGUUGCUGCAUAUGUUGUGUUGCCUACACUGGGAGAGAUCAAUAUUGAAAUUGGAAAGAAAAACAGACUUAUUUAUCUGGUUAUUCUCUCAUCUUAUUUACAGAUACAUCAGAAAGAAAGAAGGUAAUACAAUUUUGGAAAUUGGUAAACAUUUCUUAGGUGAGAAUCUGCUGGUUAGAUUGGGUAAACUUGCGUGGAAUUGUUUAUUCUUUAACGAACCAUUGGAAUCUAGCAAGCUAGAAGAAGAAUUUCCCAAUAAGGAUGAAUACGAAGCGAUUUUAGGAUUUGGUAUCUUAACGUAUUCCCAUUCAACUUUUGAAGGACAAGAAAUAACGAUUUACGAACCCGUACACAAAGCACUCUUUCAGUUCCUGUCUUCUCUAUACAUCUCCUCUGACAAGCAAUUGACAUUAGACUUGUUAGUUAAAUCUAUUUUCGAUAAGAAUAUAUUUUUAUUUACGUGUGGAUUGAUUGACGAAUGUGAAAUUUUAGAUUCGUGGAUAGAUUAUCCACUUUAUAAUGGAUUCGAAGCAUCGUUUCUACAAAAAGCUCAGAAAGAAAUGAGAAACGAAGACACGUGGAAUAAAUUCUGUUCUAAAAUACAUUUGAGAUUCUCCGUGUAUUCUAAUGGGCAAUUUUUAGAAUUUUUAAAUAAUUCUAAAGUCAAUAAGAUAUUUCUAACCCUGCCCGAAUUAUGGUCCGAAUACGAAGAGAUGAGGGAUCAUUUAACAAAUAUCCUCAAAAGUUACAAAUGUAAUGAAAAUUUACAAAUUUAUGUUUACGUAAUGGUAAGCAGCAAAUACUCGUUAGCAAAUUACUUUUCUGAUAUUCGAGAACACGCGAAAUUAAUCAUUGAUUUAUUAACGCGUAUAAAAAUGGAGAAGUGUGAAAUUCUUGUGAACGGUGUGAAUUUCUUCGAAAUGUACUUUCCUUUUGUUAAAAUUUGGAAAUUUAAUGAAAUUUUCGAAGAAGAGGAUUCGAAAUUUAGUGUCGAAGGGAUGGAGAAUUGUACUGGAUUGAAACUCGAGCAAGGAAAUGUAUUCUUGAUUACCAACGAGCAAUAUGAAAUUCUACAGGAAUACAUUAAUUUCCAUCAAAAUAUUGAAGUUUCAAACAAUUAAAUGGGAGUAAUCAAUAACCACAUUAAAUGCAUGAUAGGGUCUAUUUAAUUUUAAUCAAUUAACCGAACAAACUGAAGUACAUUACAUUAAUAUCAAUGGGUUGAGAUUGAGAUGCUUUAAGUCGAAGUCCAUCAUCUCAUAAGAUCAUGGGCAAAGAUCUCAAAGAUGGAGGAAUGUGGCCAUUGUGUAAUGUAUGAUGGACAUUUUUAAAUUACAAUGUUAAUCCAUGAAAAAAAAAGA